AUGUUGCGGGUUCGGGUAGACGACUGGCGCAGGCGAGGAGGGAGGGGAGGAAGGAAGGGGGGAGAGGAACAAGUCAAGCUCUUCUUCCUCACCCACAUGCAUGCAGACCAUACUCAGGGGCUGCACAGCGAGUGGGAUGAAGGUAUGAUCUACUGUUCUCAAGUUUCUCGCUCCCUCCUCCUCGACAAAUUCGACGUGGAUCCUGUGCGAGUAGUGGCGAUGGAAAUUGGAGUUCCCAAGCUCCUCAGACUUGAUACUGUCAAGGUUACCUGUAUCGAUGCCAACCACUGUCCUGGGGCUGUCAUGUUCUACUUCGAAACUCAAGACAUUCGGCUUCUUCACACAGGAGACUUUCGUCUCUCUCCUGCCAUGAUCCGAGAGGAUUCUCCUUUGGCCAUGGCAAGAGACUGUCAUCUGGUGGUGGACAACACAUACUGCGACCCCAAGCACACGUUCCCUUCCCAACAGGAGGCUGGGCAGAGGAUUCUAGAGCUU